CUCUCUCUCAUUUAUUUCUCAUUUGUGUCGCCAAUUCAUGUGCGUAUGUGCCAUGUUGUAUAAGGUAUCACCAUCAACACUCAAACACUCAGCAUCGAUCCUGAACGAGCCGGCACGUGACAGCCGACCGCGAGCGAAGAAGUGGAAGAAGAAGCAUCUUUUCGUCUGCGUUGGGUCCACUGUAAUCUGGUAUGGCCGAGAACCAGCUCUCAAGCUUCGCGCCGUCGAUCGGGGCAUCGUCGUCGCGUCUCCUACACAGGUCCAGGAGCAAGGAGGACGCGAGACCUCUCACCACCGGCGGAUUAGGCCCUCCGGCGAUGUCGGCGUCCUCACGCUGUGUGCCCGACUCUCCCGCACCAGAUGCCGACGUGAAGAGCAGAGCAUCGCAGCCGCCCAGUACCGCUUCGAAAGUCGUGCUGAGUUGUCUGAGUGCUGCCCCUGCCGGCCCGUCUUCGCCGCCGUCGCAGGGCAAGGUGGCAUUGAGCUCCCACGGAGCUGUCACUUCACCGGCCGCAAUGAGACGUGCCAAGAUGAGGAGACCGACCGAGAAAUCGCUCUUUUCGAAUUUCAUGAGCAAGAUCAUGGACUCGGACGGUAAUGCCAAGGUGAACGUCGUGACCACGCCAAGACGUACCUUCCAAAGGAAGCCGCAGUUACGCCAGCGCAGGAACUUGGAUGCCAUGCGCCUCCGGCAGCUGCUGGAUCGGUCUUCUCUGACGCCUCUGUCGCUGCAGUCGCCGCAGCAGUCGACUGCGUUCGGAGUGUUCAGACGGAACAACAAGGGUGGCUGCCUGUUCUUCGGGGCUCUGUUCGCUGCCGUGGCCAUCACCGUCGUGGUGCUGCAACUCAGCGGCCGAGGCGGCCUCGACGUGUGCCGCAGCGAGGUGUGCCACCAUUACAGCAAGCUGCUCGCCGACAGCCUAGACACCAAGGCGGACCCGUGCCACGACUUCCAUCGCUACGUGUGCGCCGGCUGGGAAGGCAAACAUCACCAGUCGGUCAUGAGCGCCGUCUACCAACGAUUCAUCGAGAGUGUCGGCGACAAGGCGGACAGGACUCGGGUGCCUCCGAUGGGUCAGACAGCCGUGCAGAAGGCGGUGAAGUUCUACCAGUCGUGCAGGAGCGUCUACACGGAUGGCAACAACGACCUGAAGGCGGUCCGUGCUGUUCUCGCACAGACCGGCGUUUUGUGGCCCAAGCUGAGCAACUCGUCGCAGCUCCUGCGCAUGCUCCUGCGGAUGACCGGGGCCUGGAACUGGGGCGCGGUCGUCGAGCUCCUCACGGACAAGCCCGGCGAGUUCACCGUGCGGCCGUCCAUGACGUACCACCUGACGCUCCAACGGAGGAGGGCCAUGCUCAAAAGCGCCGACGAAGGGAAGUACCGAAAGUACUUCAACCAGAUGGUGGAAGCGUUCGGGGGACCCGACGUGAGAGCAGAGCCUUUCGAAGCGCUGAUCGAGCUGGAAGAGACGGUGGUGCCACGCCUGCAGCGCUUCUAUGAGGCGCCCUACUGGAGCUCGCUGGACAACGCGAGCUUGGAUGACGUGGCGGAAAUGACGAGGCCGUCGGUGUCCCAAGCCGCCUGGGUGGAGCAGCUGCGUGCGCACUUCGGCGAAUUGCCGGCCGAGAACUUUUACGUGGAGAACCGCGAGUACUUCACCGCUUUCUUCGACUUGGUGGCGGAAGUGGGCGAGUCCAAGAUGGCGUACUACGUGGGCUGGGCAACCGUGCAGAUCAUGGCGUUGUUCUCCAACGCGGAGCUCAUCAGCUACUACUACCUGAGCAUGUCCGACGCUGAGAGUGGGCACGCGCUCUUCUGCACGGGCUUGGCUCACAGCUACAUGGGCGUCGCUUUCUAUGCGGGCUACGUCAGGGACGAGAUCGGUUGGAAUGAUAUGCAAGGCGUCAUAGACAUUGUGCGUUCCAUCCGCUACUCGUACAGCGAAGGCCUGCACCUUGCGUCAUCUCCGUUCGGCAGCCUCAUCUCGAGCGUGCCGUGGCUGAGUGGCAGUGCUCGGGACCAGCAGGAUGAGUUAACCAUGGGUGUUGUGGCGAGCGCCCAGUCUGACGACACUCUGAACAGCAUGUACCAGGAGUUUCCAAGCAUGACGGACAGCGUGCUGGACAACAUCGUCAGCGCCACCGCUGCGCGCCGUCGCACGCUGGUGAACACACGGAUGGAGCGCUUCUCGGCCAACCAGAGCCACCGCGUGCUGCACCUUCGGAGCGACCAGUUCGAGUUCCUGCCAACGGCGUUCGAGGUGCCGCUGUUCCACGCCGGCGCCCCGGCGGCCGCAAACUACGGCGCUUUAGGAAGCGAGAUCGCCAAUGCCUUCUCGGCACUCCUCUACCAGGCGCUCCGGCGCUCCGACAAUGAAACCUGGUCAGCGUUCGCGGAAAGGGCCUCUUGUAUGUCCGACGCAGCUUCGCCGACCGACGGCUCCGGCGUCCUUCAGAGAGCCGUUUCCGUGCGCGUGCUGCACAAAGCAUUCACGCACGCCUUAAAUCGGGCGGCGUUGCAGCCGCGCCUGGAAGAUCUACAGCACCUGAGCGACGUGCAGCUUCUGUUCGUCGUAUGGUGCUACUCGCAGUGCGGCCGGCUCGGAGCGCGACGCCUGUGUAACGAGCCGGUGGCUGUGUUCCGAGCCUUCGGAGAAGCCUUCUCGUGUUCCACUGGGAGCCCCAUGAACUCGAGAGGGGACUGCACUUUCCUCGAGUGACAGCGACCAUUAUCUGCUUCUGUCGCCUCCUCCUUCGCGAGCUUACCCCGAUAUUACGCCUCUUCUCUUUGAAACAUAUACGUGUGCACGCUAUAGAACAAAAUAACUGAUGGCAAAUUCGCUUUCCGGGAGUAACCGCUUGUCACAUAUGCAGUUAUUUUGUUUGGAGUUCCUAAUUGUACUCCUCACUCGAGUAUUUUCGCCUUUGGAGCACUAUCCGCUCUGCCGAUGUCGAAGCGAAGUAGGCAAACGGCGUCUGAGUGUAUGCGACUCGAAAACGGCGUCGGUUAUCGGACUAGUGAAGUCUGAAAAAAAAAAGUUGCAAAUACUUGUUGCGCUUUUAGUGAGUAAAACUUCAAGUGGGCAACGUUAAUGAAUCAUUAUUAGCUUAUGAGAAGCGAUAGAAUUAUGUCUAUUGUUGCUAUUACUUUCUCGUUUUUUUUUUCUCUUGAGCGCUGACGCUUUGCAGCAACGCACAGAGAAGAUGGUUCAUUUCUGAAGUGUGACUGAAGUGGACCGUUAUCGCAUUGACUGUCGUCGUCGUUUGAAUUUCUAGACCUUUGUAGCCGACGCUUCACGCUGCGGGGUACGUGCGUAGUUCGCUCUCGCAGAGCUUCAGCCUUUGCCUUACGCGAGAGAAUGUUAUUAGUGUUAGCGUUUACGUAUCCUGUCAUCUGCGGUUCCCACUGCGCACCUUAGUUGUUAAUUGAUAUUCUAAGCCCCAUGCACAGCUGUACGGAAUAAAUUCACUUGUACUGGUACCGUUAAACCGUAUCACGUGUGCCGACUCGUGUGCCAGCUGUAAUCUUUUGGUUCCUUACUCGCAUUUUCUUUUAUUGACUGAAACUAUAUACGGGACAAUAUUUUUAUUUCGGUAUGUUGGUAGCGUCAAUACUGCUCAGUGCCGUCUUCGAGCAGCAGGCCGAAACCUGAUGUCUAAAAUGGACGCUAUCCAGAUCGUGUACCACACAUU